UGCCGGUGAAAAGUUAAGUGAGUUUGGCUUGUAGUGUAUGACUUCUAGCAAGAAAUUGGAUCUCUCUGCAAACAAAUAUCUUUUUGGUUCUCAAAGAAUUCUGCGGAGCGACAGCCGUCAAAAAAUUCACCCAAUUUUAAAACGCAACGAGAAUUCUAGGGAAGGUCGUACGCCAACAACCAACAUUACAGUGAAAUAACUUGACUCCCGGAACAACGGCAACUGUGCAAGUACUUCACCAUCACACACAAAACCCUGUGACAAAUUAUCUGUGUUUCUGAAUUGACCUGACUGGCCCUUAAAAGUAUCGUAUAAGUAGUCGUUAUUUAAAAUUUUACAUUUGGAUAUUUUUACCAACGAAAAAGCCAGCGCCAAAAGCGUGCUUAGUAUAAUUAGGUUUACAAUCGUCGUCUAUCAUCAUCCAUCACAAUGUCUAUGUGCGGAGCUCAAAUUGCAUUGAACGCCUUUAAAAAGGCACCACGAGUCAGGAUUUGGUCUAUGACCAAAAAUGCUUAUUCAACUCAGGUAGAAUACAAACCCAUCCGGUCCGUGCUGGUUGCGAAUCGUGGUGAGAUUGCCAUCCGUGUCUUCCGAGCUUGUAACGAGUUGGGCAUCCGCUCGGUGGCUGUCUACUCCGAACAGGACAAAAUGCACAUGCAUCGUCAGAAGGCGGACGAGUCUUAUAUGGUUGGCAAAGGUCUAGCCCCAGUCGAAGCUUAUCUUAACAUUCCAGAAAUCGUAAGAGUAUGUAAGGAAAAUGAUGUCGAUGCAGUACACCCGGGUUACGGGUUUCUAUCCGAACGGUCAGACUUUGCUCAAGCAAUCAUUGAUGCCGGUCUUCGGUUCAUUGGUCCGUCCCCCAAAGUAGUCCAACAAAUGGGCGACAAAGUGGCAGCCCGACAAGCGGCUAUCCAGGCUGGUGUACCCAUUGUUCCCGGAACAGACGGCCCGGUAACAACCAAAGAAGAAGCAGUCGAUUUCUGUAAAAAGCAUGGUCUGCCAGUCAUCUUCAAGGCUGCCUACGGAGGUGGUGGGCGUGGCAUGAGAGUCGUGAGAAAGAUGGAAGAGGUCGAGGAUAGCUUUCAACGUGCAAGUUCGGAAGCAAAAGCGGCGUUCGGAAACGGUGCCAUGUUCAUUGAGAAAUUUAUCGAGCGACCACGUCACAUAGAGGUGCAGCUUCUUGGAGAUAAAGCAGGCAAUGUAGUUCACCUCUACGAGCGAGAUUGCUCGGUUCAACGAAGACAUCAAAAAGUGGUUGAAAUCGCUCCGGCUCCAAGACUGGCAAUAGAAGUGCGAGACAGAAUGACUGAAUACGCUGUCAAGCUGGCUAAGCAUGUGGGAUAUGAAAAUGCCGGUACGGUUGAGUUCCUUUGCGAUGAAACGGGAAAUUUCUACUUUAUCGAGGUGAAUGCUCGGCUUCAAGUUGAGCACACUGUUACGGAAGAGAUUACUGGUAUUGAUUUGGUACAAUCGCAAAUCAGAGUAGCUGAAGGCAUGACUUUGCCAGAAUUGGGAUACACACAAGAAAACAUCAAAACUCAGGGAUAUGCAAUUCAAUGUCGUGUGACGACGGAGGAUCCCGCCAACGAUUUUCAACCAAAUACUGGUCGCUUAGAGGUGUUUAGAUCUGGCGAAGGAAUGGGUAUUCGUCUGGACAGUGCAUCCGCGUAUGCCGGGGCAAUCAUCUCACCCUACUAUGACUCGCUGCUUGUUAAAAUUAUUUCCCACGCACACGAUCUUCAAUCAUCUGCAGCCAAAAUGAAUCGUGCGUUACGCGAGUUCCGAAUCCGUGGAGUGAAAACAAAUAUUCCCUUCCUGCUUAACGUAUUGGAGAAUCAAAAAUUCCUGAACGGCGUUCUGGACACCUACUUCAUCGACGAACAUCCACAACUAUUCCGUUUUGCUAAAUCGAAGAACCGAGCUCAAAAAUUGCUAAAUUAUCUUGGCGAGGUGCUAGUAAACGGACCCACGACUCCGUUGGCGACAAAAUUGAAGCCUGCCGAUGUGCAUCCACACGUUCCGCAGCUACCAUUGGAUUUGUCACCACAAGCACUUGCUGAAGAACAGGAAGCUGGCAAAAAAGUGACCGAACCACCCCGUGGCUUCAAGGACAUACUGCGGGAAAAGGGUCCGGAAGGAUUUGCCAAAGCCGUACGGGCUCAGAAAAACCUCCUCCUUAUGGAUACCACCUUCCGUGAUGCACAUCAAUCCCUGCUGGCAACCCGUGUUCGAUCACAUGAUUUGUUGAAGAUUUCUCCUUACGUGGCGCACAAAUUUAAUAAUCUAUACUCGCUGGAGAACUGGGGUGGUGCUACGUUCGAUGUGGCUCUACGGUUCCUACAUGAAUGUCCUUGGGAACGUUUGGAAGACAUGCGCAAGCAGAUUCCCAACAUUCCAUUCCAGAUGCUGUUGCGUGGAGCUAAUGCUGUUGGUUACACUAAUUAUCCGGACAACGUAGUACAUAAGUUCUGCGAUCUCUCGGUACAAUGUGGUAUGGAUAUUUUCCGAGUGUUCGAUUCCCUGAACUAUCUGCCAAACUUGAUUUUGGGAAUGGAAGCUGCCGGUAAUGCGGGUGGUGUUGUGGAAGCUGCAAUCUCCUACACUGGAGAUGUCAGUGAUCCAACGAAGAAGAAGUACGAUCUCAAGUACUACACGAAUUUGGCCGAUGAAUUGGUGAAAGCUGGAACACAUAUAUUGUGCAUCAAAGAUAUGGCCGGUCUUCUCAAACCACAAGCCGCAAAAUUACUGAUCACAGCUAUUCGCGAGCGCCAUCCCGAUAUACCUAUCCACAUUCACACCCACGAUACCUCUGGAGCUGGUGUAGCUUCAAUGCUUGCAUGCGCAAAAGCAGGAGCCGAUGUAGUCGAUGUGGCUGUUGACUCGAUGUCCGGAAUGACUUCCCAGCCAAGCAUGGGUGCCGUAGUAGCAUCAUUGCAAGGAACUCCUCUGGAUACUGGUCUUAAUCUUCGUGACGUAAGCGAAUAUUCGGCCUACUGGGAGCAAACCCGUACACUGUACGCUCCGUUUGAAUGCACCACAACGAUGAAGUCCGGAAAUGCUGACGUGUACCUGAAUGAAAUACCUGGAGGUCAAUACACCAAUCUUCAAUUCCAAGCCUAUUCACUGGGUUUGGGUGACUUUUUCGAGGAUGUCAAAAAGGCAUAUCGGGAAGCCAACCUGUUACUAGGCGACAUCAUCAAAGUUACACCUUCGUCCAAGGUAGUCGGUGAUUUGGCACAGUUUAUGGUGCAGAAUCAUUUGACCGCAGAGCAAGUUAUGGAACGCGCCGAAGAACUUUCAUUCCCCAAGUCCGUCAUCGAAUUCCUCCAAGGUGCAAUCGGCACUCCACACGGAGGCUUCCCUGAGCCAUUACGUUCCCGCGUACUAAAAGACAUGCCACGCAUCGAAGGGCGCCCCGGUGCGUCACUGGCACCAUUAGACUUCGACAAACUGAAAAAAGAACUCCAAGAAUCUCACCACGACGUCACAGAUCUUGAUGUCAUGUCAGCUGCCUUAUAUCCACAGGUUACCAACGAUUACCUCAACUUCAAAGACUCGUUCGGACCCGUUGACAAGCUAGAUACUCGAGUUUUCCUUACCGGACCAAAAGUAGGCGAGGAAUUUGAAGUCACAAUCGAAAAGGGUAAAACUCUUGGGUUCAAAACAUUAGCCAUGUCCGAGGAUUUGACAGCCAACGGAGAACGCGAAGUGUUCUUUGAACUAAACGGACAACUGCGAUCGGUGCUCAUCCGUGACAAAGAAGCUGUGAAGGAACUGCACAUACAUCCCAAGGCAACCAAGGGAAACAAAGAUCAAGUUGGAGCCCCGAUGCCAGGCUCUGUUAUAGAGGUGAAGGUAAAAGUGGGUGAUCGCGUUGAAAAGGGUCAGCCAUUGGUUGUAUUAUCUGCAAUGAAGAUGGAAAUGGUGGUCCAAUCGCCGCGCGCUGGUGUAGUGAAGACGCUCGACAUUACUGCCGGAAUGAAACUGGAAGGCGAAGAUCUAAUUCUUACACUAGAAUAGAAUACUCUUGACUUGAGAGUCGAGAGUUGGACAAGAAAAAGGAGUCUACUUAUGUUUAUAGUUACGUUUAUACCAGGCGCUUUGACGGUUUAAAUUGUAAGUGCAAAAUGGGAAUAUUUUGUGAAGAGAGCUUAAAAGUAAAGUUAAGAAAUUCUGUUAAAUUGUGUCUCGUUCAAGUUUUAUGCUGUAGGCAGCUUUUGUUAGGUCUUUUUUACAUUUCAUUAUUAAUUUUUGUGAUUAAUAUUGAAUUAUGGAAAUAAAAAAUG